AUGAGUUCUACAUAUGAAUCGGCUUCUGCACCCGCUCAGACCGGCUUACCGCCUAUACGGCGUGUUAUAACUACACACGACAACGAUGGCAACGCCGUCAUCAGCGAAGAGAUACCCCAGACACUCCAGGGAGUCGAGGUUCCCGGCACGGUCAUCUACCUAGGCUACGCUCUGAACCAAUCUCCAGAUGUACUGAACAAUGACCAGGAUCUGAAAGAGUACGAGGAUCGACUUCCACACGACGUGGGCAUUAGCAUUCCUCGCGGAACUGUGCUCCGUGUCAGUGAUUUCUUACCCGGACAGUCACACAGUUGA